ACUGAUUCCUCUUGCGCCCCGAAGAAACCCAAAACAUGCGAUUGCUCCGCUUGCCGAAAGGGCUCUGCACUCUCCCUCUCUACUCUCGCUCUUUCUCUCUCUACUCUUCACAAGACCGCUGCUCCAUUCUCUGUAAUCUCGCACUGAAUAGGUCUCCUUCUGCUAACCCGAAGACCAUAACUCUGCGAAACCCCAACUCAUUCAGAACUCAUUAUCGUCCUUUGUCCAUAAUGGCUGAAUCUCAGGAUUUUGUGAAGGGGAAUGUGUUUCCUAAUGGAGUCGCUAUCAUCACUCUUGAUCGACCCAAGGCCCUCAACGCCAUGAACCUUGAAAUGGACUUAAAGUACACUGAGUACCUCGACAAGUGGGCUUCUGAUCCUGCAGUCAAGUGCGUGCUAGUUGAAGGCAGCUCACCUCGGGCUUUUUCAGCAGGUGGAGAUGUGAAGUGGAUGUCAACCCAAUGCAAUAGAACCCAAAUGAUUGCUGUAAAUAUUGAGGUAUUUACUGCAGAAUAUUCCCUAAUAUGUAAAAUUGCUGAGUAUAGAAAACCUUAUAUUUGCUUCAUGGAUGGUGUUACCAUGGGAUUUGGAAUCGGCCUUUCUGGGCAUGGACGAUACCGGAUAGUCACUGAGAGGACUCUUCUUGCCAUGCCAGAAAAUGGGAUUGGCUUAUUUCCAGAUGUUGGGUUUGCUUAUGUAGCAGCAAAAAGUCCUGGAGAAGGAGCUGUUGGUGCUUAUCUAGGACUUACUGGGGAAAGGAUUUCAAGCCCUGCUGAUGCUCUUUAUGUGGGCCUUGGAAGUCACUUUGUACCUUCUGAGAACUUGGCUGCACUCAAAGACUCUCUUCUUGCGUCCAGCUUCUCUGAUGAUCCACAUAAAGAUGUCCAAGCAUUAUUAUCGAAGUACAGCAAAGAGCCUGAGUCAGAGGCCCAGCUGAAGUUGCUCUUGCCGCAAAUUGUUUCAUCUUUUGGCAAGCAUAAGUCAGUCAUUAGGACAAUAAAAGAGCUGAAACAACAUCAGCUAAGCUCAGAAGCUCCAGUGAAAGAAUGGGCUAGUGAUGCACUUCUUGGAUUGGGAAAAGGUGCACCCUUUUCACUUUGUGUGACGGCAAAACAUUUCUCAGAAGUUGCAUCUUCACACGGGAACCAUGAACAUCAUCUAUCAAAGUUACCUGGUGUGAUGAAGACUGAAUAUAGGAUUGCAGUCAGGUCCUCCCUUCGGAAUGAUUUCACUGAAGGUGUUCGAGCAGUUCUUGUGGACAAGGAUCAGAAUCCAAAGUGGAACCCUGCUCGUUUAGAGGAUGUCGAUCUAAGUGAAGUGGAUUCUCUUUUUGAGCCUCUGCAAUCUGAAACUGAUGAACUACAAGUAUAAAUGUAAAACAUGCUCGUGGCUUAAACACUUGGGCGUCUUAGACAUGCCCAUGCAAAAUACCAGUUCAAUAAGCACGGCUCAAUUUUUUUUUUUAAAAAAAAGGUGUUACUUUCUCCCUUUUUUUAAGAGAAUAAAUCAUUCAUGUUUAAAAUAUUAUGACAACGCAUUAUGAGUAGUUCGUAGGAUUUUGAAUUUGGGGGCUUUAAUCAGGGUAUUAUAGUCAUUAUGCUUCAAUAUGCAACAUGUGUAACACCCUUUUUUUAAGAGAAUAAAUCAUUCAUGUUUAAAAUAUUAUGACAAUGGAUUAUGAGUAGUUCUUGGGAUUUUGAA